AUGCAGAAAUCCAGUGGGAAACGCGCCCGGAUCGAAGUCCCCACCACGACCACCUCCUCCACCACCUCCUCCACCACCUCCUCAGGUCAGGGGCACAACAAAGAGGAGGUGGAGGAGUUGGAGGUGGCGGCGGCGCUGCUCCCCGCGGUCUCGGCUCUCUACGGGGGACUCCCUGCACCACGAGACCUCCUGGAGCUGUGGAGCCUCUGCCUGCAGCUCGCUCCACACACCCCACUCGAUGCCAUGGCCCCGCUGGGCCUGCACCUGGUCGGACCGUUUGAGGUGUUGGCCGGGAAGCACCUUGGGGGGGCCCUUAGCGCCCCCCCCCCACAGCUGCUGCACCUCCACUGGAGGUACUGGUACGACCCGCCGGAGCUCCAGACGGUGGCACGCGGGGACUCGGACUCACAGACUCACCUGGGGUACUACCGAGACAGCCCUGGGGAGCUGCCUGUGUUUGUUGGAGAGAACGUGGCAAACCGUGGCUGUACGAUCACCCCCCUAGGAGACAACAUCUUCGCUGCUCUCAAAUGUGUGGCUGACCGAAAGAUCCGCUCAGCCAAAAGUACCUCCAAAUCUUCCUCUACCUCCUCCAUCGCCUCCAUCUCCUCUGUGCGUGACGCUCUCAUCGCCACGGCAACCAGAUUGGGGUUCUCCCUGGAGACAAAGUCACCGAGUAUUGCAGCUCGGAACAAGAGGGUGGUGUCGCGCUUGUUUCAUGGAGCUGGUAUCGUGGUUCCGGUGGACGACAAAGACGUUGGAUACAGAGAUCUGCCUCACUCACCCGCGGAGUUGCGGCGUCUGUGUGACGCGGUGGUGCGCUGUGAGGACGAUGCUGCGCGCGUCACUGCGUUUGCGCCACUUCAGGAGCUCUCGACGCUGGUUCAGUUCGCAAACGACGAGUCUGACUACGGUAUGGGACUUGAGUUCGGACUCAACCUCUUCUGCCACGGAUCCCAUUUCUUCCACAAGCUGGCAGGCCGCACGCUGCGCCUGUCCUACUCCCUGCUCAAGAGAGAUGUCUUCGGUGACAUCGCCAGCGCUCACCUCGCCCAGCGAUCACGCCAGCCCCUCAACCUCUUCCCCUGACCACUCACCCUCAACUCACUCGCCUGAUCCUCACCAUACACACACACACACACCCUCAACUCACUCGCCUGAUCCUCACCA